GAAAGCGUGGACCCUCUUUCCUCCAGAGAUGUCAAACUCCCUGUACCCCACGAGAAUUCCCUUCGAGGAGUCGAGCAUCUUCAGCCAGGUGAACCUGGAGAAGAUUGAUGUGGCCAGGUUUCCCAAAACAAAGCUCCUCAAGCCCUACCAUGUGGUCCUGGAGCCUGGUGACGUGCUCUUCGUGCCUCCCCGCUGGUGGCACUACGUCCGCUGUCUCGACACCUCCCUCAGCGUCAACACCUGGAUACCCCUGACCACGGACAGAGAACAUCAGCUGCAGGAGGCCGUUACCAGGACCCUCGCCACAUUGCUGAUACCCUGCUAUGAGGACGAGGACUCCACGUGGCUAAAUACCAACGAGGAACUGACCACACCCGACGAGAACUUGGCCUACAUCUCGAAGCUACUGGGACCCCCAACUGGGGAGGUUGAGCCCGCUGAGGAGGAGGGGAUGGUGCGCGAUUACGAGCCCACCCCGGUCGCGCAGUGCACCCUGGAGGAGUAUGCGUCCAGUUCUGGGGCACAGCUGCCGCCCGAGAGCCCGCCCCGCAAGCGUUCCAGGUUCACGGAGAACUCCGGAACGCCCCGAGCGCGGGACGUCGUCAACUGCUUCCUGCACCCCGACGUGGUUCGCCUGGUUGCCGAGAAGUUGAAAGAGCUCCGAGCACCGCCAGCAGAAUGAAAGUGGUGUGGGUUUGCAGUUAUCGAAAAAACGUUUUUCAGUUUCUGCACUUCUGAUAGGAAGAACCGUUAAAACUACGGGUGUCCAGCGUACUGCGGAGACCAAAACGCCGCGAAGGUCUCCGAGGCUUUAAAAAUAAAUAAAAAGAGACAAACUUCACUACCAUCGUCGCCUGCUAUAAACUUUAUUCCAUAGGUGGUUCGAGGGGAAUAUCGCCUCGAGAUCGAAGAGAGUAGCCACUGUGCGGCCGAUGUUGGAAACACUGCUAGUGUAGACAUCGCCGCACGUCAUCUGCUCUCGGCGCACGUUGAAACAUGGAUCCUCGCGACAAUGAAGGCUAGUUUUCGAGUAAACUGCACUAUUUACGUUGUGAAUGCUUGUUUUUUCGAAAAGAUUGUAUCGUUCCCCAAGAGUGGAAAUAAGCGAAAGCAAGGAAUGUCAAGCCGGAUACUUAUAUGAUGUUGCUACUUUGGCUGUUGUUGUGAUGUGGUUAUUUGUUUCAGUUUCAGUGCCAUUGCAUACUAUUAUGGAGUACAUUGCCGACGGAAAUCGGUGCCUUGUCGAAGGUGAACUUGUGAAUGCCGGGCACACAGUCGUCGGCUCUCAGCAAGGAUCGCUUGCCGUGCUGAAUAACUAUUGUUUGUAACUCCAACGGCCGGACAUGUCUUUGAGAGAAUCGCUUCGAAUAAUCCUCCUGAUCGUUUUAAACGCCGCAUAUCUAAAACCGUUUAUUUUUGCGAUCCCAAUUAUUCAUAAAUUAGGCAUAGGAAUCUAUUCACGGCCACUAACUCUCGCGAAUUCUAAAGACUUGAAUUCUGGCCACAAAACAAGAGAGGCAUUUGCUUGCCUUUAUUUUCGCUAAUUUUGUAAUUCUUGAAAAUAUAGGGCUCACGAAGCGUUUUGCAGUAGGCAGUGCAGUCAGUAGGCAAUGCAGUCACUUCGGAAAAAGAAUGGCUCGAGCUUUGUACGUUAGUGAGCUGUUAAACUUAGAUGUAAUCAUGCCGUUUUCAUGUAGCAUGAUUUGCUGUGGAAAAUUUGUUUUUCAAGCAAAGUGGCACGAAACCUUUGCCACGUGGAGGGUUAGCGAAAUUCAUGGAGUAUGAACACGUAAUUGAUUAGGCUCGAUAGUCCCUGUUACUCCUUUGGUAGAUUGACCAGUUGCCAUCAUCCCUAUUUACUAUGUAUUUCCUACCGAACUUCAAGAAUAGUGAUGAGGUGCAUCCGAUGCAUUUGCAGGCACCGAGUGAGUCACUUCCACUGCAGUCAGUGCCCCCUUUAGUGUGGCAUUGUGUAGGGGUUUCGUAGGAGUGACAAUUCUACAAUGUUUGAAAAGUCCGAUUCUCACGCAGCAAUACGUUUGUGGCAUUCGCAUCCUCUCCAAAAACACCGCAGUGGGAGAACCCACACUAGUGACGAUGACACUGCCCAGCAGCGAGCAUCAAAGCGAACGCUUUAUGCGCACUCUACUUUGGGCCACUCGUGACACUUAUGUAAACAGUUUUAUUUUUCCACUUACCUUGGUUGUCAUGCAUCGUUGGUUUGAAGUCUUCGGCGGUGAAAUGUUUAGAGCAAACCAUCGCGUGAAUUAGAUCUCAACUUCGAGAGCCACUCUUUUCUCAGUGCAGCAACAGCUGGAUAUCGGUGAAAACUGACCCCCACCUCGGUGCAAUAGGUAUUGCACUGAGGCAAUGAACAGUCUGGCACCACUUUCUGUUGAAAUUGCUUUCACAAUGAUACUGUACGAGGCAAUAAAUGUGAUAUUCUGCAGGUUCUUGGCCGCGACCGCAGUAAAGUGAACUAGAGGAGGGGUAGUGGGAUCAGGCGCCAACGCGUGUCAUGCAUUGCUGUGAAGCGGCGAAUGUGGAAAGGUCCCGGAUGUACAUGGUGGCGCUGCAGUCGUAGGGGCUGAAGGAUCCGAUCGAUUCCAAGCGUUCCGAAGGCCUUCGGUGAGUAGGUUUGGGUUGCGGUUUGGCAGUGCGAAGUGGCUCUCGUUCCAAACUGAUCUUUACCCAGUGUUACCCACGUCUUCUGUCGUUCAUGGCCAAUGAAGUGCUAUGCCGAAUCGACGUUGACAAUGCUACUGCUUCGCUCCGGGGUGCCAGAGAGGCUAUCAGAGGCAGAAAAGUGAGCAGCCGUUGCUGUUCUCAAUAUCUAACAAGGAAGAAAAAAGAACGAAACUUGCAUCGCAAGGAUAAGCUCCUGGAUGAAACACGUUUGGUGUGUGAGCUUCAUUAAUGCAAGACUUCGUUCACAUUAUAAACAAAGAAGAGGUGCGCAUUCCGCAAGGAAAGCCGGAGCUCUUGCCGAGUGCUGUGCCGACAUUGCUUCCGAAUGCUCUGAGCUAUUUAUCAAAGGAAGCGUCGCAGCCAAGGCCACCGAGGAAGCGAAAGGGUGCCGAUGCUUCCUCAGGUGACGGUAAAAGGCCAGACACUGCCUCCCCAACUGCCUGCAGCAGCACCGUACCGGCUGCAGCCGAUACCGGGGCGUUUGAUUAAGCCUGUCUGCCCGAAGAAUACUCCACGCUGUAUGUUCCCUCCGAGUACUGGAGCUGUCACCGAGUUCCAAGCCUCAGUGGUCUCGUGUAUUGUAAACUUAAAAUGUGUGGCAAUUAAGUUUUAUCUGAGAGAUUAGUGAUUUUUUUCACGAGACAGCAUGCCUAGUGUUGUAUACACUGUUCAUCUCUGUGGCCGCAUGGCUGAAGGAGGACGCGUCGUCAGCUGCAAGGAAGCAAAGGCUUUUCUCAGAGACGUCGACUCCUAUUGUCUCCGUGGAGGUGCCGUCCCGAUGAGCAACAUGCCAAGAUCCUACCUUACAAAGGGCCUUGAGGGGCAAGUGGCCACCCGUGAGGGCCCACGCUUCAGCAGCCGCUGCACUGGAAAAGAAGCAACUAAAGGUAUGUAUCAGUGCCACUUGGGCAGAAUUAGGAAUGUCAUGCCAACAUCGUUUUUGUCCAAUCUAACAUAGUAAAUUGCAAUAUCUUAUGCAUUGUUAUUUAAGCUGAAAGCUGUGUUUGGUUUCAACUUUUAAAUGUUUUCUUUUUUACUUCCCAGGACAAGGAUGCAUCUCCUGCCGAUACCUGAGAAAGGCGCUUCUAACACAAUGGUCAAGGAUUCAGCGAUCAGUCAAGACCGAAGACUGCUGUCUCGCUAUGCUAACCUCCAAGCCCAGCUCAAGCAAAUACAAGAUGAUAAUGCCUCAGAACCUGACGAAGUACUACAGGCAGAGAUUGCAACCUUGCCUCCCAAGCAGCAAGAAAGUGUUGGGCAGUGUUUUUUGGCAGCAAAGAAGAGAAACUCGAAGGGAAACACCUACUCAAGGGACUGGGUUCUGGAAUGUAUCCUGAUGAAAAUGAAAAGUGCCAAGCUCUAUGAACAUCUUCCCAAACACAACAUCAUUUCCCUACCAAGCAAAAGUAUGUUGAAGCGCUACCUCAGACACUACAAAAGUGGGUAUGGUUUCAAUCACAAGGUGCUGAAACAACUAAAGCAGAAGACGAGGCACAUCAGUAGCUUUAAAAGACGUGGUGGCCUUUUAGUGGAUAAGAUCAAACUUUCUGAGCACCUCAAUGUAACACC